AUGGCUCGCACGCGGAGAUCGCGUCAGGCCGCCGACGCCCCCGCGGCGACCGUGCCCGCCUCCAGCGACACUGAGCAACCAACCCGCGGCCGCACACGAACCAGCCGUCGCGCCGCCCCUUCCAAGCGACAAGAGACAGUUGAUGCCGCUUCUACCGCAGGGCCUUCUCGUGCCGCGCCCGCCUCCUCCAUCCGCAACACCAGCGUCGACUCCGUCGAGGUCGGCCGUCGCGCGCUCGAGACGCCGUCGAUGCGCCGCGACACGACGGGCCUGGACCUCGCCGACGACAGCAUCUUUGGGGAUCUGGGUGACAGCUUCGCCGAUGGGGAGAUACCGGACGCACCGCGAUCCGCAUCGACGACGCGCUCCUGGAGCACGUUUAAGCCGCGCUCGCGGCAGUCGAGUGUUGUCGGGCGCAAAGACCCCCCGAUCCGUCCCAGCAGCCGUGGCGGUGCCGGCAACACCUCGGCGCUGACGUCUUCGUUUAAUAUCGGCGCGUUUCGGAGACGCGCAAGGGAGCCUAGCAUUCUGGGCACCACGCGCAGACGGGGGCCUCGCUCAGAGACGUCGAGCCGCGGCGCGCAGUCGGAGCUGGAGAGCGAGGGCGAGGAGGAGGAUUUUGCGCCUGAUGCCGAGUCAACGCCGCUGCAUACUAGGCGUCGCACGCGGGCGAGCUUGGCGUCGACCAGUGCUGUGGCCCCGCAGAGGAGAGACGUCUCGGCGGCGAAUGUAAGCACGACGAGGACGACGAGGAAGAGAAAGAGCGAGGCAGAGGCAGAAGAGCGCGCCGCCAAGUCGACGAGGAUGGAGGCGGAGACGGACAGUGACUCCGAGAUUUCGGAGCUGGCCUCGUCGCCGCCAAUGCCGCCGUCCACGCCGAUCCGUCAGCGGGCAACGACGCCGAUUAACUUGGAUGAGAUUAACGCGCCGCCGGCCAGCAGCGGGUCGGAGGACGAAGGCGAUGUUUGGCCUGAUAUACGCGCGCUGGCCAAGCGUCGUAGACGUCCGUCGGUUACGACGCCGCUGCGGGCCGCUGCCAACGACGACGAUGACGAGAUUCUGUCCGACAUUUCAUCACCACCCUCUCUGACGCACUCUCCUAACUUUGAAGCCCGCGGCCGCGGCCGCGCGGCGCUGCGGGAGCACCACCACCAUCACCAACCCAAGGCUUUAACUACGGCGGACCUAGCCAAUCUACUACCCAAGCGAAAGCACAAACGGACGCGCCACGAGGGUGAUGAUGGCGGUGAUGGAGAGGAACCAGAGGAGGAGGAGCAUGAGCAGGAAGACGAGGUGCAUGAGACGCGCACACGCGGCGGCCGCAUCAUUCGUCCGCCGAGCAGAGCCGCGUCUGCCUCUGGUGGUCCCAAGCAGCAGGCUAGCGCACCGGCACAUCGCACGCGUAGCGCGUCCAAGCACAAGACGUAUGGCCGUCGCUCCUCGGAUAAAGAAAACCACUCGGAUGAGGACGAGGACGAGGAAGAAGAAGAAGGUGACAGCCAGUUUCAGCCACUCGCAGACGACACGUUUGGCGAGACGACGACGGCCGGGCCGCCGGAUUUCCAGUCGAUAGACGAGCUGAAGCGCGCGACAAGAAAGUUUAGCGAGGUGGACCAGUGGCAGCUCGAGUACGAAGAGGUGGCGGAGAGCGGCUCGCCCAAGGGAGCGAGGUAG